CACUGAUCCUGAUGUGCUCCCAGCACCAAGUGCAAGGUGUGCUGGUGGGGGAUGUGCGCUAUGGCUUAUAUGAUCUUCCUCGUGUGAAGACCGUGAAAAAGGAGCAGGUGUUCGGGAAACCAAAAAAGACUAAGAACAAGAACGGAACUCUGUCCAGAGGAAACAAAUGCUCUGUAAAGCAUGAGAUUACGAGUAGAUGAAUCAAUUCCGACGUGUCUUUUUAUUGUCUGGCAGUGCUGAGAGAAGAGUCUGGUGCGCAAUCUAUGCAAACGGCUUAAACUGUUUUUGUCAGGUGGACUUGGUUGAUUUCUUUAUUUUACCCUUAUUUCUUCAGAUUGAUGACUGAAGAGCAGGAGCCAGGUGCACCAUCUCCUUCUGCUCUAAUCAAAUUAAUUUAAUCAGGUAAACAAACCUUCAAAUCUGUUCAACAAUUAUCACUUUCAGCAGGAUUGUCCUCAUGUUGAAGAAAGUUAGUUUAUGGUUCCCACCGCUUCGCCCAUGAUUUCUUCGUUAUUUUUCGGCCCACUUGAAUAGACUUUUGUAGUCGGUUGUGAUGUAGAAACAAUAAACUACAAACCACACAUUUUUAUAUAUACUCGCUCCUAGUAAGGUACCCUUGGCGUUGAGUACUUGAUAAAUCCUUGGGAGAAGUACGCAGAAGCAUUCUGCUCUUCCUGCGCUCUUCAUGAUUUGUCUUUGAUUGUGCAGUAGCUAGAACGCCAAGCAGGAUUCGUUCACAUAUUCACGGACGCGUGCAGCUCUCGGCGUGCUAGAAGACUGAAUCCCAAUAGCGAAAUCAAUAGAUGAGUUAGCGAACGAAGCGACAUAAAUUCUGUUGCGCGAACGACAAUUUGUGAUCCAGUAAUGCAUAUUUGUCUCACUCAGAGUAGUUGCGAUCGCCUUUAGCUUACAGACAGAUUGAGUGCGGCAGCGUUCUCGACCAUUCUUGGCGUGUUCCUCUGUAUACAGAUUCUUGUCAAAACGAAUCAUAAUCCCACAGUUUAGAUAGAAAAAAGUCAAAGAGGCAUGCUCGCUAAUGGAUGUUAUAGUACCUCCAAUGAAAAGUGAUUGAGUCAGGGUAAUCCAGCUAAUCUCUUGAUAUUUAGGAAGCCUUGGAAUUUCAAUUUUCUUGCUUUAUGUCGUCGAUUUCCCACCACAGGAGUCAAUGGCAAAAGCGGUUGUUUCUAGGUAAUUUUUUUGCUGACGCUGCCCUUUACCUAUGGUUAAUUCUUGGUUUCGACUACAACGAGACUUCCAAUCUCCUGUAUGGACUGGCUUCUUGCUGGGUAAGAAAUAGGACAUAAGAAGGUACUUAGAAGUACUAUGAUUAUUUCUAUUCGGCAGGCGUAGGCGUGCGCAAGAGACCGACGUCGCCGUCGCGACAUAUUUGGGUCACGUUUUAGUCUUCAAAGUACUUAGGAACAGCCAGAUAAAUACAUCAAAUUAUAAGCCACUUUAACGACACUAGUAAAUCAUUUAAGAGUAAGUACUUAGAUGAUAUUGAAAUUUUAAAGUAGCAUCUAAGUAGUUGUAUGAUAAAUUUUAAGCUCGAAUAAGAUAUUAGGCAACGGCAACUACUAGUUAGAUAUCAGAAGUCGAUGAUGUCCAAGGACGACGAGCAGCCGCAGAGCGGCAAUCCUGCGGUGCAGAGUCUGCGAGAUAUUCAGCAUCAGAGAUGGUUGCAGCAGAAAAAUUCAACUGCCGGCUCAGGAGGUCCUACAAAUUCUUCUUCUAGUUCAUCAGGGGGUGCUGCAGCUGCGCCGCCAGGAGAUCGUGCUUCUAGCGGUGCAGGGGGUUCUUCCGGAGCCCCUGCGUCUGGAGCGAGUGCCGGCUCGGUAUCCACUUCAGCCACGACUUCGUCGGAUGGAAGAGUGUCUUCAUCAAGCAGUUCUGGAGCGGGGACGGUUACACGAGGCGGAUCAUCUUCUAUUAAGGCUAACAUUAUAAUUGCAUCUUGAGUUUUUGUACUUCGUUUAAUAGAUUCAGGAAAUGGUGUUAUUUUUGUAACAACCAGGGACAAGUAUCAUGAUUUCAGUGGUUCCUUGUUCUUGAUGCACAUACAACUGAAAAUGAGCAGCAUCACUAGAACAAGCCAUGGAGAUCUAGAUGCGUCCUGGACUCCUAGGAGCAGCAAGUAUUUAGCGUGCAACAGGUUUUCUAACAACGGUUGGACAGCAAAAUUUUCAGACCCCUAGCAGUACAAAUGGAUUCACAAACGAAAUCUAAUCAUAGCACGUCAAAUUCCGUGCGUAGCCCGAAGCGGAGCUCCCGGGAGUCUUUACCCCUGACGAAGCUGGAGAAUCCGGAUGCGCCAUUCCUCCGGAAAGUUCAUAUUCUGCCACUCGGGAUUGGCCAGCGCGUUCCCGACAAUUUGCUUUCGUUUUUGAAACCGUGUCUCUCCAAAUUCCGGCAACAAAAACGGAUGCUGUACACGGGAAUGGUCUUCGAGCAUGAAGGAAAAGACUUCGUUGUCAUGAAAACGGAUCCAGAACCAAGAGACAACUUCGGCAUACUCGGACCAGAAACUGAGUACUCUUCGCAAUCGAGUUGAGAAUCAUGAAUUUGGCUUAUUCCUCACUCAUCAUCAUUGUGAACAGGAUAUCAUCUUGCAAAAAAGAAAUGGUAGAAUUAUGAAAUAUCGAAAUCCUGCUUCAUAGUUCAUACACGGUAUUUUUUACUUUCACUGUGUUUUACUUCAUAUAGGUACUACUUUGCGGGCCCCCCCGUUGCGCGGUUCAAGCGCAUCCAAUUUUCGGCGUUGACAAAUGUUUUACGGCGGGUUCCGGCGUCCUCAUCUAGUACUAGUGCUACCGAAGAGGGCGAGGGGUCGUCUAGUGCUGCGCCGGCGGAAACGCUAGAAGUGGACGAAGAUUUGCGGAGCUACACGACAGAGAAGCUCUUUCAAGAGUUGAUUGCCCCUUACUUCCAGGCACACAGCGACAACGAAAAGCAAGGUGGAAUAUUCAAGUUGCUGAACGUAAACGAAACCAUAACAAUCAAGGGCGUGCAGUUCGUCGUGAUGGCCACAGAUCCACAAGCUAGUUAUGGUACUUCUACCCUAUCCAUAACCAUAUUUUUUAUAGCUGUAGAAUUUUUUUCGUUAUUUAACUACGGUACGAACUCUCGUGCUCUUUUUGCAUAAAAGACCAACAAAGAAACCACCACUCGAGAGACAAGCAAUACUUGAUUGAUUCCUUGUUAACAUAUUGAUCUUGAUACUGUUCGAGUAGCUCUCCUCCUCAGGAGGUACUACUGCACUGGUUGGCCUCACAAGUAGACAAUAAUUAAUAGCUACACAAGAGGCACCAUGACAUGACGUUUUUCAAAAAGAAGACCCCGGCGGAAGCCAAGCUCAUGGAUUGACUCAAAAUAAUCACAAUGUAAAUUUGUCUCAGGUAUUGUCGACAAAGAAACGCUGAUAUAUGUAGAUAAGGACGAUACUCCAGAAUACAAGCGAAUACACAUCGUGCCAUUUCAAGACACACUGCCGAGGAGCUAUCAGUACUUGAAAUUUUGCUAUCAGUAUUUGAUAUUAUGUUAUUAGUACGUAGUAGUUUGUACUAUGCAUCAGAUUCAGUAUCACUGCGUCCCCUGUAUCAACAAACACAACCUUUUGAGACACAGGAAUUACAUCUCCAUUGGCCUUCAUUUUGAAACUUGACGUUUUUGUUCUUGUAUAUUGGAGGUCGUCGUUAGCAGUUCUAUGUAUAGCCUAUGGAUACCCCAACUAGCGCAACAUAUUUUCAUUUGAUGUGUCUCAGGUAUGACGUAUUCAACGACUACUUGAAGCCAUAUUGCAAGGCUCAUGUGAAUCAGCGGUACCGCGUCAACGACGUAUUUACGUACAACGCAGUGCAGUUCAAAGUCGUCUGUUGCGAUCCGGAAGAGCUCGGUAUAAAACUUCAUUAUGCUUUUUAAGGAGAUCUUGAUAUACGUAAAUAUGAUUAAAUCUAUGAAAAAAGAUACACUUUAAUUAUGGUAUGAGGUUAAGCUUGAGGCUGUUUGAUCAUCGCCACUGUUCAUCAAAUUGUCUAGAACUUCGAUGCAAACUUAAAGUUGUCGUCGUAGAUGCUAAUUUGGUCGUGAAUGAUGGUUUUCCACGCCUGGAUGCUACAUGAAUACUAGGUGGCACGAAUAACGCACCUGGAACUGGCGCGAGAAUAGGACGUAACACAACGGUCUACUGCGAAGGCGUACUGCAUCCGCAGCUGCGAGACUUGCUGCCACCAGAGCUCGUUGCGCAGCUGGCAUAUCUGCCGCCAGGCCUGCAGAUGCUUCUGUUAAGAUUGCACAGAUUCUACUUACAACUUAAAUAAGAAUAACUUCAAAUCAACAGCUGGACGAGCUUGUUUUAACAUGAGAAGUCUGAUUGGGGUUCUUUUCCCAAAUCUGAAUCAUAAUGAUUGAAAUUGGAUUUCUAGGCAAGUUGGCGGUCUGACUGUGCUGCUUAUUCAUCGAAGAUAUUAGAGGUUGUAGAUCUAUUCUUCAAACGAGUAGAACUAGAAUGGAUCAAUAUAAUCAAUCUUUCGCAUGAUAGAUUUCGCCAACUUCUAAUUCAGUUGAGCACGGACGCUGUUGGCGGCAACCAAGAACUCUUCGAGCGCUUGAUGGAGGUCCAGGACAUGCUCCAGCAGCGAAGAGGUAUAGAGAUUUAGUGAAGCACUCCUAGCAGUGAAAACAGAUUAUCGUUAUUCGGUAGACUGGAUAUAAAGUUACCGCGGAAGCAAUGAUGAUGACUCUAUCAUCGGACUAGCCCAGGCAUAGUGAGCCGCAAAGAAGGCUAAUAUCGCUUAAAUCUGAUUUCUUGAAAGCAGGACACCAGUUAUACGCGAGGAAACGAUCUCGCUCAAAACGAUGUUACUUAUUUCUUUACACAAGGUAUGAGCGAGGAAACGAUCUCGAACGUGGAAAAGGUGACCAUUGAUCUGAACCAACUUCGCGAGGACGACGGCCAGCUAACUUGCAUGGUUUGUCUCUGCGAGUUCGAAGAUCAGGAGGAGGCGCGAAGGCUUCCCUGUAGGCAUACGUUCCACGCUGGCUGCAUCGACGAGUGGCUUCGAAGGAGUUGUGAGUGCCCAAUCUGCAAGCACAACGUAGACCGCACGUUGCGCAAUUACUGACGAAAGCGAACGCUUCGUUCAUCUACAUGUGGUUACUUAUGCGAACGCAGCAUGACAGCGUAAAGUGGCCAAGGCGCUUGCGGCCCGAGGUAGGCGUCGCUCGUCUUUUCUAGUUCAGCCUAGAAGACACAAAAUAAAUGAAGUCCUCACUAAUUGAUCUCAAAGAGAAUACUCCAAGUUCCACCCUUCUGUUGCAGAUCGAUGCUCAUCGGAAUAUAUAUGAUUUGGGGCCCUGGAUCAUAUAUAGCUUUCUUAGAAGCAAAAUGAAUUGUUGGAAAAAUGCGGUUGUAACAUCUCCUGCAGGACGAGAGAUGAAAAUGAUACUAAGCUCGAUAAUAAAUGGAUUUACACAACUUUUACAUAUAAUUUCUCCUUCAUCAAUGACUGACGAAAUCAGCACUUGCAUUCAUGCUCAAAGAGUGUGUCCGAUGUAAGCAAGACAAGCAAGCCAUGCGUCGAAGUGAUUUACAUGCGGAUUUACAAAGUGCAACUGGCCUUUUCCAAAAUUCACGAAACCAUUUCUGUCAAGCGAUAAAUAAUACAGUAGAUUGAUCAUGCUAAACAUCGUAAAAU